AUGGCUUACAAUCCUCCCAAACGCACGCCAGAUCCAUUGUCCAUACCCGAGAUCGUUGCAAAUAUUAUCAACAACGUCGGCCAUGUUCCAGAUCUUUUGAAUUGCGCCUGCGUCGGCAGGAUUUGGAAUGCGGAAGCGUUGAGGCGGCUCUAUGAAGGAUCUGUGCAUGACAUGCGAUUCCGUACACCUGACACGAGCUCACUUAAUUGUCUGCUCGUGGCAUCACGGGAACGCUUCGCCCGAAAUAUGAGCUUUGUGAGGCACCUUUUGGUCUGUCCAGAAACACACGAAGACGAUGGUUCCGGUAGGGCAAGUCGAGCGGCAUGCUUUGAGAAUUGCCGUGCGACGCGCAACCGCCGACUCAUUAAGCUGCUCCUUCAGCCUCGAGGAAGGCGUCUUACCAGUCUCGCCAUCCCGUUCGAGUUCAUGCGCCAAGACUGGUCCUUGCUUGCGGACCUCCUUCCGGCUCCCAACGUUGAGUUCUUGGCUAUUAAUCAUUGCUAUUGCCGAGUCGUUACGUCUCGGAUUACUUCUGCCGUCUCCAACGGAACAAGCAACGUAACCCUAUCUGAUGCGGCGAGGUUACUUGAACGCGUUCGGCGGCAUAGAAAUCUCGAGGCGUUGGUACUGAAUAUGAUCCAUUGCGCCAGUAUGAUUCCAAGACCUGCAUAUGAGGCUUUGGAGGCAGAAGACCAGCAAAGUCUCUGGCCAAAGCUGAAGUUGUUGCACCUCGCAAAUUGCAACCAAUAUUGGCUGAGAGAGCUGCCGAAAUUCAAGGAGCUAAGAGCUGUUCACUUGGGGCGGCCUGUGCCAUAUACCGCUGGUAUGAGCAAACGUAUAGGCGAAGCUAUUGUGCAGUGCCGGCAUCUACAAGACAUCAUGCUUGAUUUCUGGAAGCUCGAAGAUUUAGAUGUCAUCCUUGGGAUUGCUCGCGGCUGUCCGCUUUUACGGGGUGUCACUAUUAGACUUGACGACUUUAGGGAGGUGCCCAAGCUUACGAAAAGCUUCUUGUUCAACCUGUUACGCGCCCUUCCUCUACUAGAGCUCCUUGACAUUUUUUAUCACGGUUCAAUUUUGAGUUUAGACGGGUCAGCCCUCAGAGACAUUGCACUUUACUGCCCGCGGUUGAAAGUCCUUUUGCUGCCUUGGGUUAGAUUAUGCCUCUCUUACUCGAAAAUGACCCAGUACUAUCCACAACAGCGAUUGGAGGCCAUGGAAUUCAUGGGAGUUUGGUUGAGGGGUCGUCGGCAGUCAAUGGAGCGGAAUAAGAUUCUGACGGAGUGGCGCAGAAUAUUUCCCAGGCUGCGAGCGAUGCCGUGCGAAAUGGUAUCUAUGCGUUUCGGCUUACAGAAUGAGUCCGAUUAUAGUGCCGAUGAGGACAUGACCCUUAAUGAGCAAGGGGGUUGUAUUCUUGGCUGCAGCCCUGACUGGGAGACCGUCCAUGAAGAUUUUCUUGCUGCUCUUGGUUAUAAGGAAGAGGAUACCUUCGAAAUACAUGCCCUGGACUUGAAAGGCCCUACGUAUAAGCUUGCGGUAAAUCCCAUUAGCAUACUGUGA